CCAAUCAGAGUAAAGCUGAGAUCAGGCGACCAAUAGGAGAGCCAGGCGUUUCUCUCAGCUUUGUUUGGGUAAGAAGGCCGUGUCUGGGCAGUGAGUUUUGCUCUUUUGGGUGGACAGGAGUAGGGUAUUACACAGUUAACAUCUCUGAUUGAUUACAACCAAGUUACAGUAAAAAGGUGUAAACAUUACUCCGUACAUCCGUCCCAAGUUCUCAACCCUUUCUCAGGAGAUGGAGUGAAAACCAGUUGUUCAACACGUUUACUUCUUCCUUUAAAGUAGAGGGGGUGAACCCCUCUAGCCCCCAUCUGGCAGCCAUGACCCCCCUUUUCUCAGGAUACCCUUUCCAGGGCCAGGGCCGGGUUAACCAGCUCGGAGGUGUAUUUAUCAAUGGUCGACCUCUACCUAAUCAUAUAAGAUUGAAGAUUAUAGAGAUGGCUGCUGCUGGAGUAAGACCUUGUGUUAUUAGUAGACAGCUCAGAGUCAGCCAUGGUUGUGUUUCUAAAAUAUUGAAUAGGUACCAGGAGACGGGGAGUAUCCGUCCCGGAGUCAUCGGAGGGAGUAAACCUCGUGUGGCAACCCCCGAGGUAGAGAACAAGAUUGAAGAUUACAAAAGUGAAAAUCCGGGAAUAUUUAGCUGGGAAAUUAGAGAGAGAUUAAUAAAGGAUGGAUUGUGCAACAAGGACAGUGCUCCUAGUGUAUCCAGUAUAUCUCGAGUACUACGGGGUGGAGGACACACACUAGAUGGAGAUAUGGACGGUAGACCUUCUCAUUCUAUUGAUGGAAUACUAGGAGGAUCUGGGAGCGAUGAAUCAGACGUGGAUACAGAGCCAGGAUUAACCCUGAAGAGAAAGGUUCGGAGAGCAAGAACGACAUUUAACAGUGAUCAGCUGGAGGUUCUGGAACAGUACUUUCAGAAGACUCAAUAUCCAGAUGUAUACACGAGGGAGGAGCUGGCGCAAAAAACUAAAUUGUCUGAGGCUCGGGUUCAAGUCUGGUUCAGUAAUAGAAGAGCUAGACUGAGGAAAACGUUGUCUUCAACUGGAUCCUCAUCCUUUUCCGGAGGUUUGAGUUCUCCUAGUCCUGGACUCAACUACGGAGCUGAGUCAACCUUCUCCAGUCAUGGUUAUCAGUGGCCAACCAACCCCUACCUUAACUAUGGAUAUUGUCAGGAUAAGAGCAGUAUGGGUCACUACUAUCAGGGAUCCCAGGGAUGGCCUGUUGGGAAGAGUAAGGAUGGAAUGAGUGGGAUGAGUAAGGAUGGAAUGAGUGGGAUGGGUAACAUGACGAAUCCCUGGGCUGGAGCUGCAGUUCUAUCCCAGGAAUACAACUCAUUGUUGGGUGGAAGUAUGCAGGGAACCGGAUAUCCGGUUCCUGGUCAAUCCUCCGCCUCAGCCGGAUCCUUCCAGACCGAUCCGAAAUAUCUGGGUCAGUUGAUGAUGAACCCGGAUCCUAAAUAUCUGGGUGGUUUGGUAGAUCCCGGAGUACAGUCCCAGAUGGAAACCAAAUAUUCAAACCAUCUAAACUCCGGAGAACCAGAGUCCAAAUAUCAUUCCAACCCUGAGAGUAAAUAUCAGAGUUCAGAAGAUAAAUAUCAUCAGAGUCAGGAGAAACAACAGCAGCAGCAGCAACAGUAUUUAGGACAGCUAGCAGCUGCUUCAGGAUCAAUGAUGUGCAGACCUGUACACUAGUUACAGUGCAGUAACUGUACACUAGAUGCAGUACAGUAACUGUACAUUAGUUACAGUACAGUAACUGUACAUUAGUUACAGUACAGUAACUGUACACUAUUUAGUGUACAGUAACUGUACAUUAGUUGCAGUACAGUAACUGUACACUAGAUGCAGUACAGUUAACAAAACUGCGCCCGUACACUUUAUGUACAAGCUCAGUAGUUACAGAACAUUAGAAAUUCAUACAUAAGUGAAUUACUCAUAGAAUUGUCAAAGUACAGCUAACUGACCAUUUUAAAGAAAACAAGAUCUGAAAAUGAACUUACACUAGAUCUGUACAUUGUACGCUUUGGACUCAACUACAAUUUAAUAAGGAACUCAUUCAAGUGACCAGUGUAGGCAAUCCCUAAAAUUCAUUCAGAUUUAUCAGUGAUUAAACCUUGAAAUAACUUCUAAUUAUACAGUAUAGUUAACAUAUCAAUUAAAUUAUCUAAAUUUAAAAAUGAAAAACUUUUCAUCUUUAAGUUUAGAAUUCAUGUCAUAUCAUAUGUCCGAUUAUUGAUGCCAGUUUGAACCAUCUUUAUAUGUUUGUUUGUGCCAUAUUUAUGUAAAAG